GAGGUUCCGCGCGAUGGACGAGCCAGCGCCCGAGCUAUCGUCCUUCCUUCCUUCGUGGUGGCCGCCCUUCGAGGAGGAGGAGUCGCCUCGAAGCCAAGCAGCGACGAGCAGCGAGUGGCGCAGACGUAAAGCACGGCGGUGGCAGAAAAGCGCAGCUGUGGAGCAGGAGCAGGUGGAGCCCGGCCGGGCGGGGGCUCGACUUCGGUCGAUGUGGUGUGGUGUGAGGACGGGGCCACGUAGUGGCGAAGAAUUCCGAGUUUGCCGGAUUCUUUGACCGAUUGUUCUGUGAUCAUCGAGGAGGAAGGAUUCUCCGGAGCCCGGGCUUCGAUUUGUGAUCGAGGAAAAUCGCUGGGCGGGCCGGAACUCUCCGUCGUAUCCGCAGAAGAAGGUGAAGGAGGAGAAGUGAAGGGAAAAGAUUUGAUUGGAUCUUGAUUCGCUGCUCGAGCCCGCGCACGAGGAGGAAUGUAGCACGAGAAUCGGACCGGGAGCCUUCGGGAUUCGAUCGAUUUCUGUGCGCAGAUCUACCACUGCUUGUAUCGCAAACGUGCCGAAAACUCUUGCGGAUGUUGUAGAUCCUUGUUGUUGGCACCGCGGGAGGAGUCAAUCCGGAGAUUGUGCUCCUGAGGUGAAUUUCAGAAAUGGGAGGAUGCCUCUGAGUGCCAAGUGUCAUACAUACAACGGUGAUCUUCGCGAAUUCUCCUAAACUAGAUAUAAAAUUGGACGAAGUGGAAGCCGUGUGUGCUUUUCUUUUGUCUUCUUCUUCUUUUUCUUCGUGUAAGCGGAUGCAGUGACUCCCGACAUCAGCCGAGAAGGCUUUCAUCAAUUGAUCCACGGGCACCUAGAACGUCAAUACUGAGGCGAUCGAUUGUUUCAAAUCUCUGAGGAAUUGUUUCAUAAGCAGUUCCGGGACAGGAAGUUGAUCCUAAAUGGGGCGCGCAAGGUUUUGGAGGCAAAUGCAAGUGUUUACUACUGCUCUUUCAGUCUUCCUAGAUUACAAGAUUUUACAAAAGAAAGAAAAGUGGUCAAAAACAGAAGAUGUUGAUAGAGCUUGGGAGCGGACACAUGAGAAAAACGCUGAAAGAGUGUUGAAGACCAUUAUCAAGUUAGAGGGUCUUUGGGUAAAGUUGGGGCAGUACUUGUCCACCCGAGCAGAUGUCUUACCGGAAGCUUACGUCAAAUGUUUACGGCAGCUGCAAGACUCGCUUCCUCCUAGGCCUUUGAGUGAGGUGUACCGCACAAUCAAGAAGGAGCUUGGAAAUUCACCGGAUGAACUGUUUGCCAGCUUUGAUGAUGUUCCUCUGGCAACAGCUUCAAUAGCACAGGUUCAUAGGGCCGAAACGAAAGAUGGACAAAAAGUUGUCGUAAAGGUUCAACAUGAUGGAAUUAAAGCGGUCAUUCUGCAGGAUCUAAAAAACGCUCUCACUAUCGUGAAAUGGCUAGCAUGGGCAGAGCCACAGUAUGAUUUUGGGCCAGUUAUGGAUGAGUGGUGCAGUGAAGUGCCGAAGGAGCUCGACUUUAAUCUUGAAGCAGAAAAUACCACGAAAGUUGCACAGAAUCUUGACAUACAUAAUGGAGGCAACUCUCAGUUCUCAGGUGACAAAGUGGAUGUGCUACUUCCAGAAGUCAUUCAGCAUACAGAAAAAGUUCUUGUGCUCAGUUAUAUGGACGGAGUUCGUCUAAGUGACAUUAACGCUCUUGAGACUAUGGGCGUUAACAAACAAGUCUUAGUGGAGACAAUCACUCGGUCUUAUGCGCAUCAGAUCUUCAUCGAUGGGUUUUUCAAUGCUGAUCCUCAUCCAGGCAAUUUUCUUGUCAGUAAGGAGGCACCAUUCAAGCCCAUUCUUCUGGAUUUUGGUCUUACCAAGUCAUUGACUUUCGAUAAAAAGCAGGCGCUCGCCAAACUACUUCUGGCAUGUGCUGAGGGAGAUUAUGCAUCCCUUCUAUCCGCAUUUUCUGAGCUGGGGCUAAAGCUACGACUCGAUAUUCCAGAAGAGGCUAUGGAAGUUACCAACUUCUUUUUUCGUCGCUCUGUCCCUGCCAAAGAAUCCCGUGCAGCGCUGCAGCAAAUGACGAAAGAAGCCGAGGACAGAAGGAAAAGAGUUGAAAAGAAACUGCAGGAACAACAGCAGGAAGCUGAAGAGAAGGGCGGCCAUGUUCGAAAUCCGGUCGAUGCUUUUCCCGGUGAUGCAGUCUUCUUUAUGAGGGUAUUGAAUCUUCUUAGAGGAAUGUCAUCUAUGCUCGAUACUGAGGUGGUAUACCUUGAGCUGAUGAGGCCGUUCGCCGAAGCAACUCUAUUUAGUGGCAAUAUUCUGGCGGACCGAAAUCUUCAACAGGAGAAUUGGAUUCGAACGAAUGUCGCGAAUUCUGUAGUAGAGGAGAAGCUCCGAAAAUUUCUGAAACAAAUGGGAACGCAAAAUCGUAUUCUGGGAGUUCAGGUCUGUGCCUACAAAGAUGGGAAAGUCAUUAUUGAUACCGCGGGGGGAGUACUUGGGAAAUAUGAUCCUCGACCUGUUGAGACGGAUAGUUUGUUCCCAGUAUUCUCUGUGACGAAAGGAGUGACCGCUGGUCUCUUACAUCGUUUAGCAGAUCAAGGAAAAAUUAACUUCCAGGAGAAAGUUUCCACGUACUGGAAGGAAUUUGGUGUGAACGGGAAGGAGGAAAUUACAGUUGCACAGGUGCUGAACCAUACGGCAGGAUUACAGAAUGCAUUAUCCAGUACUCUUCAAAAAAAUCCGAUGAUUAUGUGUAACUGGAAGGAUACCUUGAAUCUUCUUGCACAAGUGGCACCAGAAAGUGUGCCCGGGAAGGAACAACAAUAUCAUACGUUGACUUAUGGCUGGCUGUGUGGAGCAAUAGCAGAGAAAGCUACAGGAAAGAGCUUCCAGGAACUUCUGGAAGAGUUUUUGGUUGGUCCUUUACAAGUGAACGGCGAGUUUUACGUCGGCAUUCCGCCUGGUGUGGAAAGCCGCUUGGCAUCUCUUACUCUGGACUUGGAUGACUUGAAAGCUUCACUUUAUAAGCUAGCCCAAACGAGGCCUUUGGAGUCUACAGGACAGAUGGCAAAUGGUGGAUUAGAAGAGCGACUUAGGAAGGCUACUGGUACAAUGGAAGGGGAUGUUACAUCGUCAUUUGCAACCCUUCCCUUUUUAUUCAACACUCUUUUCGUUCGUCGAGCCAUUAUCCCUUCGGCCAACGGCCACUUCUCAGCUCGUGCCCUAGCUCGAUAUUACGCCAUGCUUGCAACUGGUGGGAACGUGCCCCCUCUUCCCUCCAGCGAGCCUCCUGUAGGGAGUCACCUUCACAAUCCUGCCAAAGCUACACCAGUUUCUCGAAAGAAGUCAAAGAAAGCGAAGGUUCCUGCUGUAAAUAUAGAACAGAAAAAUGAAGUCUCUACAUUGGCAGAAAAACAUCCUACUACCAGACUCUUUAGCAAUCCACAAAUCCUUGACGCUUUUGUGGGUAGAGGUCAAUACAGCAAUUUAGCUUUUCAAGAUACCAGAUUUGGUCUUGGAUUCAUGAGGAUGGGUUCUCGAGAUCAGGAUCUGUCGUCAUCAGUCACGGAGGGGUCUUUAGCUUUUGGUCACUCUGGAUUAGGAGGUUCCACAGCAUUUUGUGAUCCAACUCACAACUUUUCAAUAGCAGUAACUCUGAACAAGAUGAAUGUGGGUGAUGUCACAGCCGAUAUAGUUCGGUUUGUCACCUCACAGUUAGGCAUUCCCUGCCCCUCCCAGUUUUCCGGUUCCGGCGACGUAGGAGUAGAAAUGACUAUAGUAGAGAUGCCGAUAGCGAGUUCUUUGGAGCGAGAGGAAGUUGGAGGAAUAACUGAAAUCUAAGGAUGUGAUGAAAAAACCCCGGUAGAUUUUAUCCGUUCUUUCCGAUAUUUCGCAUGAGAUGCCCAGAUAUUAUGGUCAGAUCAUCUAGGUACAAACUCGAUCAGUGAUGCAAGUAUGUGUAAAGCUUACCCUACGUUACGUUCGUAUAUGUAACCCUGGGCUAUUUAUCAUUCAUGUAAGAGAGUUCACGUCAUUUCGUUCGAUGUAGAUGUUCGACUUCACAUU